GUCUGUACCUGGACGCCUAUGAGGUUCCCUUCAGCCUGGAGGAGAACAUGCAGCGUGCACCCUGCUACCACGCCCCGCCCCACCUCAUCGACGAGGGCCUGGUCUCGGAGGCUCCGCCCCCCUACAGCUCCUUCAUGCUGAUCUCUAACCUGCGCACCCACCUCUACGUGUCCCUGGAGAAGAACGCCUGGCAGCAGAGGCGCAUCGAGGAGCUGGAGGAGGAGAGGAACUUCCUGCGCUGCCAGCUGGACCGCUUCAUCGUCAGCAUGCGCUCCUACGAAGGUCUGCUGGAGGAGGGCAGAGGGGCCCCGCGUCCUCCCCCCACCCCCCCCUCCCCCAUGACCACCCGCUCUGGCAUGGCCCUCCGGCGCCUCCAGAGCCAGGGCCCGGGCCCCAGGCCCCGCCGCCCCCCCUCCGUGCCCGUGAAGCAGGAGUUCCACCUGGAGGAGGAGAAGUUCUACACGGAUGAGGAGUAUGUGGAGGAGGCGGAGGUUGAAAGCGAGGAGGAGGAGGAGGAGGAGAAGAGGAAGGGGGGCCGUGGGGGGCGGGCCUGUGGGGAGCCCAGGAUGAAGAUGAGGCGGGUCUUCAGGAUCACCCACGGCCGGGAGCGCCAGAGAGUGAAGGAUGCUGAUGGGGUUCUGAUGCGCUACAAGAAGAUCCUGACUACGUACCAGAAGGUGCGGAGCAUGUCACGGGCGUUCCAGAUCCACGGGGUGGACCGGAACACCAUGGCCUCCACCUCGCCGGUCGCAGAGCUGCUGCUGGUCGCCCCCGAGAAGAUGGCGGAGGUGGGGGAGUUUGAGGCGUCUAAGGAGAAGCUCCUGGACUACGCCCGGCGCUGCUACAAAACCAUGGACGAGGCCACUCACACCAAGGUGCAGAGCAUGAAGAAGUCCCACGAGCUGCUGCCCAUCUCCUACCGCUUCAGGAACUAGCCUCCUCCCGCUUCAGGAACUAGUCUCCUCCCGGUUCAGGAACUAGCCUCCUCCCGCUUCAGGAACUAGCCUCCUCCCGCCUCAGGAGCUAGUCUCUACCACUGCAGAGACUAGUCUGCUGCCAGCUAGCGCUAGCUAGCUCAGGAGUAAUUUUGUUGUUGGUUUAACAGAUUUUUGUUCAGGAAGAAGUUUUGAGAAACACGUCUUCGUGGUUCAACAUCUUAAGAACAAGACUAGAAGGGAUUUGAAGACUAUGUUAUUACAUUAUUAUUUUAUAACUCAAGAGUAUAUUGGUUAUUACAUUAUUAUUCUUUUUUUAUUUUGGUUCAGGAGUUAACUUACUAGGUUAAAGAUUGCAAUGACGCUGAUAAAAUGUGACUAAUUUCCUUCCUUCAUUUAUAUAUUAUUUUAUUUAUAUUAUUAUUUAUAUAUUAUUUAUUUCCGUCCGAUAGGUACGUGAUGGUCAGAGUUCCCUGUCUAGGAAUGAUUGUUCAUUUACUAAGAGAUUCCAGCCAAUAGUCUUGCUUGUUGUUUGCCUGCCAUCUAGUUUGUUUACAUCUAGCAAGCGAAUGGCUGCUGUUUAGGUUGUCCCUCCCGUUUAAAACAACCAAUGAAUGAUGAAGAUUCAGAGUUUUUUUUUCCGUUUGUUUUGUAAAGAGAUGCAAAGUACUGGAAUAUAAUGUAUCUCAAAUGAUCGUUUAAGAGGAUGACAUUUGUGUUUGCUGAAGCCCUUGUUUGGGAUCUUUCCCAACCUGUGUACCUUACGUUCUGGGGUUAAGGGAUACUGGAUAUUUGGUCUCAAAUCGUAAUAACACUGAUAAACUGUGAUUUACUAAUUUCCUUAAUCAGUUAAUUUAAUAUUAAUAAGUUUCAGCUUUUUCGUGUUAGAGGAUAUUGAAUUAACAUAAUAAACCCUUUUCUC